CUGGACGUGUUCUGUAGGCCACUGAAAGGGGCAGGCUGUGUAUAAGUCUGUGCUACCAUUCAUGCAGAGUGUAUAGCAGUCCCCGCCGACAGCCAAGCCGUGUCACAUCCUCCUCAAAACAGAAAGCUCUGCUCUCAGACUGAUAAAAAGGGUUGUGACCCUACAGUACAGUAGUAGCCACCAUGGCAGAAGCUCACCAGGCGGUGGCUUUCCAGUUCACCGUCACCCCUGAUGGCAUCGACCUACAGCUGUGCCACGAGGCUCUACGCCAGAUCUACCUCUCUGGCCUCCACUCCUGGAAGAAAAGGUUCAUUCGCUUCAAGAAUGGGGUAAUGACUGGUGUGUACCCGGGUAGCCCUGGCGGUUUCAUGGUAGUGGUUGUGUCCUACAUGUCCUACAAUAAAUAUAAUCAGCUGGAUCCCUCUCUGGGGUUGAUUGCCAAACUGGGCCAACACAUACCCAUCAGUCGAUACAUGUCCACAAACAGCCAGAUGAUAGUUGGAGGAGUUCUGGUGGGCACGGGCCUGUGGGUCAGCAUAAUCAUGAUUAUGAGGAAUGUUUUAAAGUGCCUGUUGUCGUGGCAUGGCUGGAUGAAUGCACGCCAUGGCUCUAUGUCCUGGACUACUCGCCUGUGGAUGUUAUUAGUGAAGGUGUUCUCCGGCAGGAAGCCAAUGCUCUACAGUUUCCAGAACUCGCUGCCUAGGCUACCUGUUCCCACUAUCAAGGACACCUGCAGAAGGUACCUGGAGUCAGUGCGCCCACUGAUGGAUGAUGAGCAGUAUGAACGGAUGCAAGGCUUGACUAAAGACUUUGAGAAGAACCUGGGACCCAGACUGCAGUGGUACCUCAAACUCAAGUCUUGGUGGGCCUCCAACUAUGUUAGUGACUGGUGGGAGGAGUAUAUUUACCUUAGAGGCCGUGGGCCCAUCAUGGUCAACAGCAACUAUUAUGCCAUGGAUUUCCUGUAUGUGUUCCCCACCUCCAUCCAGGCUGCCAGGGCAGGUAAUGCCAUCCAUGCCAUCAUGCUCUACAGGAGAAAACUGGACAGAGCCCAGAUCAAACCAAUAUUCUUGCUGGCAAACAAGGUUCCUCUGUGUUCGGCUCAGUGGGAGCGGAUGUUUAACACCACCCGCAUCCCUGGUUUGGAGACAGACACCCUUCAGCACAUGAAUGAGAGCAAACACAUAGCUGUGUACCAUAAGGGCCGUUUCUUCAAGGUGUGGAUGUUUUAUGACGGGCGGCUGCUGUUGCCACGGGAAAUAGAGCAGCAGAUGGAGAGGAUUUUGGCCGACAAGUCGGACCCCCUGCCAGAAGAGGAGAGAAUAGCUGCACUUACUGCAGGGGACAGGACCCCAUGGGCCAAGGCUCGUGAAACCUACUUCAACCGUGGUAAGAACAAGCAAUCUUUGGACGCCAUUGAGAAGGCAGCCUUCUUUGUAACCCUUGAUGACACUGAGCAGCGCUAUGAUGCAGACAACCCAGUCAAGUCUCUGGACAGUUAUGCCAAGUCCUUGCUCCACGGAAAGUGCUACGACAGGUGGUUUGACAAAUCCUUUAACCUGAUAGUUUUUAAGAAUGGCACCAUGGGACUGAACGCAGAGCAUUCAUGGGCAGAUGCUCCAAUCAUUGGCCAUCUGUGGGAGCAUGUACUUUCCAUGGACCCUGUUAAGCUGGGAUAUACUGAGGAUGGUCACUGCUGUGGGGACCCCCACCCCAACCUGCCAGGUCCUCAGAGGCUGCAGUGGGACAUCUCUGCUGAGUGCCACGAGGUCAUCCAGAGCUCUCUGACAGUAGCCAGGACUCUGGCUGAUGAUGUGGACUCUCACAUUUUCCCCUUCAGUGACUUUGGGAAGGGUCUGAUUAAGAAGUGCCGCACCAGUCCUGAUGCCUUCAUCCAGAUCGCACUACAGCUGGCCCAUUACAGGGACAAAGGGAAGUUCUGCCUGACAUACGAAGCCUCCAUGACGCGUUUGUUCCGUGAGGGCCGAACAGAAACUGUGCGCUCCUGCACCAUGGAUACUUGUGCUUUUGUUCGUUCCAUGAUCAGAGAUGAGACAAGAGAAGAGCGUCUCAAGUUGCUCAAACUGGCAGCAGAGAAGCAUCAAGCUAUGUACCGCCUGGCAAUGACAGGAGAGGGCAUCGAUCGCCACCUUUUCUGUCUCUAUGUGGUUUCCAAAUACCUGGGAGAAGACUCACUCUUCCUCAAGGAGGUCCUGUCUGAGCCGUGGAGGCUGUCCACCAGUCAGACCCCUAUGCAGCAGCCUGAGCUUUUUGAUCUGGUCAGACACCCUGAGUAUGUGUCCUCUGGAGGUGGAUUUGGUCCGGUGGCUGAUGAUGGUUAUGGUGUCUCCUACAUCAUUGUUGGUGAGGACCUAAUCAACUUCCACAUCUCCAGCAAACACUCAAGCCCAGAAACUGACUCCCACCGCUUUGGCGCCAACAUCAGACAAGCCAUGCUGGACAUGGUGGAUCUCUUCCAGCUCGACAAGAAAAACAAGUGAUUGUCCUCGCCAUAGGUGGAAUAAACAUAAGAAGUUGUUUUAAGAUAUAUUCUUCCUGAAGCUUGUACAGAAUCAAAUGUUGGAUUUUGGGUUAUUUUUAAGUUAAUUGAUGUUACAGAAAUAAGGAUAAUUGAAAGGUAUUUGUAAACUUCACUGUCAAUAUGUGUGAAGCGUUUAUGUGUACUGUAUGUAUAGGCAAGGUGAGAUUAUGGUGGUAUUGGGUACAGGUAGUGCACAGAUCAAAAUUUUUAUUCACAGGACUGUAUGCACCGGUGCCUUAGUGACCCACUAAUGUAUAAAGGGCACAAAGGGAGGAGAAAAUUAGAGCAGCCCCAGUCUGAGAUCAAGUUUGUAUUACCACAGUAAGAGACCUUUCAGCUAAAGGAUUAUUCAGUAGCAUCAUCCAAUAUUUGAACCAUGUUUUAAGUUGAGAGAUGGUGCAGUAUUUUUACUAGUUUUAGUCCCAAUUUUGAAAAUCAUAUGAAUUCUUUUUGGUUUUUAGGUUUCUUCUGGUCUCCUCAAUAUCAGCACCUGAGUCAUGUGUUACUGGCCAAACUUGAUGUUAAAUAUCAUCCAAGUUUAAAUACUGAGUCUGAUUCACUAGGCUCGAACAGUUGUAUCCAGUAAUCUUAUACCUUAGGAAGGCCGGAGGAGUAAAACAGUUGCUCUAUAACUCCAAGAAUUAUGAAUAUUCAGCUUUGAUCUGGAAAGUGGCCCUGUAUCUAUCAGUGUGAUUCUGGAUACCAACACAAGAGACGGAGCUGUUCCCACUGUCUGAUCAAUGGCUCUCAAUUGCCUUUCUGACUCAAGUGCACAGCCAGUGUGUGUGUUCUUUUUAGCUGCCAUGAUUUUAUGAUGUAGCGAUGAAGGCAGUUCAUGUUAGUGUGUGUUUGUCAUUUUCACACUCAGGUUUUAUUAACUUGGCCUAAUGUAGGGUGCUGGCUGCAGCAUUGCAAGAUUAGUGCUUAUGUUGGCGUGUAUAUGUGCAACAGUAGAAGAAAUUAAGAUGCAGUAAGUGAGGGAUUGGCAGGACAGUUGCACAUGCAUGUGUUGAAUGGGAUUUUUUCAUUUCUUGUGUUUAAAAAAACAAACAAACAGUGCGCUCACUAACUCUCUCUAUGUCUGGCCAAACUAACCAGUUCCUAACUACCUUUGUAGCCUUUUUUCAGAUCAAAUGGAAUUGUAAACUUUUAUGAGCGAACUGUUGUCAAUUACAGCAUAGUGGUGUUGCAGCUAAGGAUAGAGAGGGGCUGUCAUGUGUAGGAAUGCAUUUCUGUUAUGUAUAUGUUGUCCGUUCAUCAUGUUAUUUAUUUUUUUCCAUAUUUUAACCUCUUUAUUCACAAAACAAACAUGCAUAUUUACCAGCUGAAUGUGGUGAAUCAUAACCACUAAGUUAAAGCUUUGCUUAUUUAAAAAGUUAAACGGACAAAAUGCUUCCUCUUUUUUUUUUGACAGGACAGUGUUGUUAUCACAGACUUUGCCAGUAUGUUGUAGUUGUAUGACUUUUUAUCUCAAUAGACCUCAUGUUUACACUGCUGCAUGGUUUUUGAAGAUGAAGCUGUAUAUGUUUUCUUUUCAUUUAAGAUGUGUAAAAAGACAAACAGCUGAUAUACCAAAAUGAGUUUUAACAAUAAAGUGAAUGUCAGACAGCUGUAUCA